ACCGCGGUAAUAAUGCUUCGAUUCAUUUAUGUACCGUCAUAAGUUUGGAGCAAAUUUCAAACAAUCAACGAGGAAAGCGGCGAAGUAAGGCAAAACAAAAGACGACGUCCAAAACAAUCAGUCUUUACUCGAUAACCACUGAGCCUGGAUCGUUAUUUGAUACCUGCUUUACAUUAAAUUAAAGUAAAUUUGUAACUACCUCAUAUUUUCUUGGGGAUAAGUAUUUAGAGGGAUAUUUGUUGAUAAGGGAAGAAAUGUCAAGUGCGUUACGGUGACCUGGAAUGCGGCAUAAACAUAAACAUGAAUAAGUUUAUACUUUGUGCUGUACUGGCGUUCUACGUUGCAUCUACUGUGGAGUCUGGAGACUUCCAAGAGAAUUUAGUAAAUGGCUACCGAGCGCUUAUAGCAGACAUUCAGAUGCGAACACAAAAAUCAAGAGAAGAUAUGGAUACGCUGGUGUCACAAAUAAAACUUCUCAUGAAAAAUGAAGCCGACAAGGCGAUAAACUACAUGACUGUGUAUUUGGAACAAAUAUCGUUGUAUUUUCAAGUAAUCAUACACGAUCGGAAACCUCGGAACGGCACAUAUUGUAAAGAAACUAUCGUCAAGCUGCUGGGAGAAAAUCUACAGCUUGCCGACGAAAAUGUCACUUUAUGCCUCGCUUUAGGUUACCAGCGAGUCCAGCGGUUACCAGAAAAACUACAAGUACACUUUGAAACGUUAGAAAACUUAAAAAAAUAUUCGGCAUCAAAAUUAUUCGAGUGCCAAAAGCAACAGCAAGUUGGCGGCAACUGUUCUCAUGAGAGUCAAGAUCUGGAGCGGACUGUGUUCCUCUACGAAACCUCACCGUUUCCUGUAGUGAUGGCGGAGAUAGGCAUACACGGCUUCAAAGAAGUAUCGGAUCUGAGCGUGUGCCUGAAAGACAUAAUCUCCCGGAUGAUGACGCACUCGGUCAAAGUUAUCGGCGACUUCAAUAGGUGCAUCCACAACAUUGAAAUGCCGAAACUGAAGUACUUAUUGAAAUUCAUGAAGAAAUAUGCUUAAUAAGAAGUAGAUUAGCUUUAUAUAGUAUGAUACUUGAUAACAGAAAUAAGAAAUUUUCUGCUUAUGUACAUUAUGAGUGAUGAUUGCCGUUUAAGCGCAAAUACCGUUCACUUCAUUUAUUAUAUAUUACGUUAUCGAAUUUAUUUAACUAUAAACUAUAAGUAAGCGGCUGACAUGAAUCAAUUUCCACAAAAAGCUUUAUAAAAGAAAGUAAGGAAAUGCUGCAAUAUCUAUAUGGCGAGGGAUUUGUACGUCCCUACAAUCUAUCAAAAGGGCAAAAGGUAAUUUGAUAUGAUUGUUGUGUAUGUGUACGAGUAUAAAUUGAAUAAACUAAAGGUCAAACAAGUUGAAUGGUGGGUUAGGUAGAACCUUGUCACAUCAAAUACGAAAUUUACAAGAAAUUGGCCAUUGUAUCGUCGUGGUUUCAAAUUUGAUUUGUCUGAUCGUAAUUUUGUUUGCUUUUUAUUAACUAUAACACGCCAUACAUUUUGUAUGCAAGAAACAAAUGAGCGUUCCAUACGAUUGCCUUGGGCUGUACUUCAUAGUUAGUCAAAAAAACAGACUAUAACAGCGAUAUUCUCGAAUAACUAUUUAAUUGCUGAACCUUAUGACUUUACAAUUUAGUGAACAGUACGGACGAUGAUACACAUUUAUCAAUAAAAGUUAAUAAAUGAAAGUGCAUGUUACCCUCCCAGGCAUACAAGAAAACAAAAAAAAAUGCAAGUGAAAUUUGAAAGUGAAAGUUGAUUUCGAUUUGUAUAAAUAUUCAACUACACAAGAAUACAGUUUUAUUUCGAUUGAAAAUUAUUUAAAAUUAAUCGAUAAGUAAGGCCCGUGAGCCUUACGAAGCAAGGUUCGCAUUGAGAACUUAAGUUUAAGUAUAAUUUUGGAUAUAUAAUUACAAACGACGCUCAUGUUGUAAAAUAAUUAGUCUUGAAUUAAAUCUGUGUUUUA